AUCAUUCUUUAGAACUGCAUGUGUUCGUAUCUCUUCUAUAACCUUAAUAUUUAUCAUUUGAUGAAUUUAUUUAUUUCAAAUUGAGAUUCUAACAUAGUAGGAGAUGAACAUGAAUAUAAGCAAGUAGGAGAUGUAUCAUCAAAGUUAACUACAGUGACACAUGCAAUGAAAUUAUGGGCUUUUUGUUUCCCUAGUUCAACCCAACCAAGUGUGGUGUGAGGAAGAGGUGAAAAGUAACAAAGUGGUGAAAGAGAGAGGAAGAGAUGUCUAGGACGCUAGUGCAGCCAAUAGGACAGAAGAGGCUAACAAAUGUGGCAGUGGUGCGUCUGAAGAAACAUGGCAUGCGCUUCGAAAUCGCUUGCUACCCUAACACCGUCCUCUCUUGGCGUUCUGGCGUGGAAAAGGACCCGGAUGAAGUGCUGCAGUCCCACACUGUUUAUACCAAUGUUUCCAAAGGGGUUCUUGCCAAGUCCAAGGAUUUAAUUUCAGCUUUUGGCACUGAUGACCACUCCAAAAUUUGCUUAGAUAUUUUAAAGAAAGGGGAGCUUCAGGUAGCUGGGAAAGAGAGGGAAUCAUUGUUAUCGAGUCAGUUCAGGGAUAUUGCGACCAUUGUGAUGCACAAGACUUACAAUCCUGAGACUCAGCGUCCAUACACUAUCAGUAUGAUUGAACGCCUCAUGCGGGAAAUCCAUUUUGCUGUUGAUCCACACAGCACCUCCAAGAAGCAGGCUCUGGAGUUAAUUCAAGAGCUUCAGAAGCACUUCCCUAUAAAACGGUGUCCGUUGAGAAUACGUGCUACUGCUCCUGAUGACCAGGUGCCUGAACUUUUAGGAAAGCUGAAUGAAUGGAAUGCCACUGUUAUUUCUAAAGAAGGAUCUUCUGCUGUUAUUUUUGAAUUGGAACCUGGUCUAUAUAAGGAUUGUCAUGACUUUGUUAUGAAUAAGAUGCAUGGAAGAUUUGAAGUUCUUGCACACUCUCUUUAUGUGGAGGGGGAUACCCAAGUGGAGCAAUACAAUGAUUAUGAGGAUAUACCUGAAGCCUUGCCCAAAGAAACUUAUGAUUCUGUGCUUAAACUGAAUGAGAAACUUCAAAAGCAAACAAUUUCAUCUACUAGUAGGCCUACCGAGGGACAACAAAAGCAAAACAAGUGCAGCACAUGUAAUGUUUCUUUUGAUGACACUAAGCUGUACAGGGAACAUCACAAGAGUGAAUGGCACAAGCACAAUAUCAAGCGUAAGACAAGGCAACUCCCACCACUUACUGAGGAAGAGUGCAUGGCUGACAUGGAAUUGGGUGAUUCAAAAUCUGAUUUGAAGGAUUAUUCAUUUUAAGAUGAUGAUAAGUGUGUUGGUGUAAUCACAUUAUUGUAGUCUUGUGUGUAUACUUGGUCAAUUUUGUCAGCAUAAUCUGGGUUAUGGUAUAAAGUAUUCACAUGGAAAUCCUCAAGUAUGGUGUAAUACAAAUUGCAAAGACUAAUGCAUUUCGAUUUUCUUUGUCUGAGUAUUUUAAUGUACCAAGUGCACCUAAAGAUGGUUAUAUGCAGGUUUGCUUCAUCGAGUGGUUGCUGUUUAA